AUGGCCCCAGUCAAACGCAACAACAGCUCACUACCUCCAGGCUACGUCGAGGACAAGUCCAGAGGUCCUACGCUGAGAUUCCAGGACUCUCUGCCUCGCCUGCCCGUCCCCACGCUCGAGGAGACCGCAAAGAGAUACCUCAAGUCCCUCCAUCCCCUCUUGUCCACCAUCGAGUUCGAGGCCAGCUCCAAGGCCGUGGCCGAAUUCGUCAAGCCUGGCGGCGCUGGGACCAAGUUGCAGGAAAGGCUCGUCGCCAGGCGUGAGGAUCCCGCCACCAAGAACUGGAUAUACGACUGGUGGAACGAGGCGGCCUACCUGGCCUAUCGUGAUCCCGUCGUGCCAUACGUCAGCUACUUCUAUUCACACCGCGAUGAUCGCAAACGCCGCCAGCCGGCCAAGCGAGCCGCCGCCAUCACCUCUGCAGUCCUCGACUUCAAGAAGCUCGUGGAUGGCGGUACGCUCGAGCCUGAGUAUAUGAAGAAGCUGCCCAUCUGCAUGGAUAGCUACAAGUGGAUGUUCAACGCCUCUCGCGUCGCUGCCCGCCCCGCCGACUAUCCCGUUAAGUUUUCUCCCAACCACCACAAGCACUUUAUCGUCAUCCGCAAGAAUCAAUUCUUUCGGGUUCCUCAUGAAGUCGGAGGCACGCAGCUCAAUCCCUCGGAGCUCGAAAUGCAGUUCAAUCGCAUCUUGGAGGUCGCUCAGCGCGUCCCCGCCGUGGGCAUCUUGACUUCGGAGAACCGUGAUGUGUGGGCCGACGCUCGCCAGCUCCUUCUCCAGGCCGGACCCAGAAACAAGGCUGCCCUCGAGGCCAUCGAGUCCGCCUCUUUUAUUGUCUGCCUCGACAAUGCCGCCCCCGUCACGCUGGAGGAACGUGCCCAUCAGUAUUGGCACGGCGAUGGCGCCAACCGCUGGUUCGACAAGCCCCUGCAGUUCAUUGUCAACGACAAUGGCACUUCGGGCUUCAUGGGUGAGCACUCCAUGAUGGACGGCACCCCGACGCACCGCUUGAACGACUACGUCAAUAAUCUCAUAUUCGGCAACAAGAUCGACUUGUCCGACCGCGCUCUCCGUUCCGACUUACCCGAGCCAGAGCUGGUACAGUUUGAUGUCUCCCCCCAGGUCCAGGCCGAGAUUGACCGCGCCACCAAAGACUUUCACCACGUCAUCAAUCAGCACGAGCUGGCCGUCCAGGCUUAUCAAGGCUACGGAAAGGGCCUGAUCAAACAAUUCAGGUGCUCUCCUGAUGCCUAUGUGCAGAUGAUUAUCCAGCUAGCCUACUUCAAGAUGUACGGAAAGAAUCGUCCGACAUACGAGUCGGCGGCCACUCGCCGCUUCCAGCUUGGCCGUACGGAAACAUGCAGGAGCGUUUCAGACGAGUCGGUGGCAUGGUGCGCCGCCAUGGCAGAUCCCUCGCUGGACGAGAAAACAAAGGUGGCCCUCUUCCGCAAGGCCAUCGACGCCCACAUCGAGUACAUUACCGCCGCGUCCGACGGCAAAGGUGUUGACCGGCAUCUCUUUGGCCUCAAGAAGCUCCUCAAGCCCGGUGAAGAGCUCCCCGCCAUUUACAUGGACCGGGCCUAUGGCUACUCAAGCUCCUGGUACCUGUCUACGUCGCAGCUCAGCUCCGAGUACUUCAAUGGAUAUGGAUGGAGUCAGGUCAUUGACAGCGGCUUUGGCAUCGCCUACAUGAUCAAUGAGAGCAGCAUCAACUUCAAUAUCGUCUCCAAAUGCCUGGGUAGCCAACGAAUGAGCUACUUCCUAGCUGAGGCAGCCAGCGAGAUGCGUGAUCUCCUGACGCCUACCCUGGCCCCGCUCAAGGCCAAGCUCUGA